AUGCUCUACACGAUCAAAAAGAAGAUGCCGUUCUUGGGGAAACUCAUCGAUGGCAUAAAGCGCAAACGGAAGCAGUCUGCCCCGUCCGCUGAAGAGGCAAUCAACAAUUUGCGAGACAUCGAGGAUCUUUUGGCGAAAAAGCAGACGUUCUAUGAGGACAAGAUCUCCGCUGUAAUGAUGAAGAUCGAGGCACAACGAACUGCCCUCGAAGGUGCUGGUCUUAAUAUGGAAGUACUGGGAGUGCUCGAUCAAACCACGAAGGCGCUACAAAUAGCCAACCAAAACUUUGAUUUGGAUAAGGUACGGUGUCAUACCCCCGGUGGCGAGGUAAUUUUCUUGGUGCUCAGCUUUUUACUGAUGAAAUAUCCAUUUAAGGUCGGAGAUCUAAUGGACAGCAUAGCUGAAGAUCUCCAACUAUCCGACGAGUUUGCCAGCGCGAUCAGUCAACCGAUCGGUGAUGUCCACGACGAGGAUGAGUUGCUCAAAGAGCUGGAAGAGCUAGAGAAGAACGUGGCCGCCCUCAGUCGAACUCCCGGACGUGCCAGCUGGACCGGUCACCCGAGCACGAGCCAGUCGGGACAAGUUUCGCCGAAUGGACACCGAGAUGGAGGAGUUACAGAAAUGGGCAGCAGCAAAUUGAACAAAAUUAUCUUCCAAUCUCCCCCGUCGGGCCCAUUGAUCGUUGAAUUUCAUGUAUACUGA